GGUGACAAGAGGGGGAGCGCCGUGCUGCUGAUGGGUUUCGUUCCGCUUCACACAAGAACUCGCCUCUCAUUCCGUCCGCAGACGCAGGUGUAGCCUUCUUACUCGCUCCUCCAGCCCCAGACGUGCUCCCGUCUGCCUUCCGGUCACCACGGGCGGAUUUGCACGCUCGGGAGUGGGAGGAAUGACAUGAUGUUAAAGGAGAUGUGGUGCGUCUCUCGCGUGCGCCGCCUGUUACCGCCGCUGUGAACGCGAUGCCGGCUGCGCGCGCGGCGCAGAUGAGCUGAGGCGGUUUUUUAACGGCAUCACCUGUUCCACAAAGAGAAUACUUUUUGACAACCAUGGCGGACCAGUACAGUAUGUUUCUCACCACGGCGCCGCCCCUGCGACGUGGAAGCACACCCCUGCCUCUCAAACACCAGCUGCGAAGGGAAGAGGCCGUAUCAGAGGACUGUGAUUGGAUUCCGGGCAUGGAGGAGCCGGCCAUGUUGCCUAUCAGUGGCACAGGUGUGUCUCAGGAGUCCAGCGGCAAAUCGGCAGCCGCCCAGUCGGCUUACCACAGCCACGGCGGAGCUUUGAAGAUAGUGCUACUGGGACAGAACGGCGUGGGCAAGUCGUCGCUAGCCUUAUCUCUGGCCGGGCAAUCGGACAGAUCCCUCUCUAUAGACUCUGAGACGCAAGCGUGUGGUGAGGGCUACGAGUGCUCAGUGACGAUCGACGACGAGGACAGCAAACUCAUCAUUUUUGACAACUGGAAACAGGAGCUCUCCACACUACAGUGUGACGUGUGCAUCCUGGUCUUCUCGGUGACUGACAGGCGAAGCUUCCACCGCACUGCCCAGCUCCGCCUCCUCCUUAGGGAGUCCCAGCCACACACACCAAUCAUCCUGGUGGGAAACAAGAGCGACCUGGUCCGCUCCCGUGAAAUCAGCUCAGAAGAGGCCCAAUCCAGCAGUAUGAUGUUUGACUGCGUCUACAUGGAGCUCUCAGCCUCACUGGACCAUGGUACCAACGAGCUGUUGGAGACCGCCGUUCGAACUGCGAGGGGUGACUGCGUGGGCCCCGGCUGGACCGACGGUGAGUCUGGGGCAGGCCGCAGGGAGAGCCUAACCAGCCGGGCCAAGCGCUUCCUGUCGGGGUUGGUACCGCGCUCGUACGGUCGAGACCGGGAUCGGGAUCGAGGCCGGUACAGGGAGAUGAGCCGCCACCGCGGCAGCAAGAUCCUCCGCCAGAAGUCCCGCUCCUGCCACGACCUCAGUGCACUGUGAUACACAAACACGUGCAUACACAUAGGGCAAGGCCCACACAUGAACACACACAUACACACCAGAUUGAAGGAUAUGGAGCGGACACGUUUAAACAGAGAGAGGGUAAAUGGAAGAUGGUAGGACCUGUAGAUGAUUAGACGUAGCAACAAGGAAGGGAAUGGAGGAGACUCACACGAGUAGGAAAAUUAGAGGAGUGGAAGGACAGAAGCCAGUGGCAGUAAAGGUGGAUGGAUGGCGGUGAAAUCAGCCAGGAUCGCAGCACCGAACCUUUGGUUCUCCCUAUCAGAGAAACCAAUUUUAAGAGAGAAAGAGGCCGGGUUGAGAGAGAUAAACAGAGAAGGAGGUGAGGCUCAAUUUGUUGCUUCCAGUUUGGGUGAAUCAGCAAGCGCUCAUCAAUUGAUGAGCACAGGAGAGUACAUAAGAGAGUGUCACAUCAAGAUGCUGAUUGAAUGCUUACUGUGGUGAAAUGGCAGCGUGGAGGAGUCACAAAUAAACACACACCCAAGUAGCACGCACUGAAUAUGUAGAGACUGAUAGGAAUCUAAUGUGUAUCUAUUGUGAAUCCUGUUUUAUAGCAUGCAGAAUAGACGAUCUAAGACGAGACCCUGUAGGUUUACAGUUACAUGAGACUGGGUUGACUGCACCUCAGUGGCCAAUAGCUAAUGCACAAUCCAGCCAGUGUCUUUAGCAAUGCCAUCUUAAAGGCAAGACCCUUUAUUUACGAAAACUAAAAUGCCCCUUUGGGCAUUCUUUUUUUUGGACCACAACCCAUUCACAUGCAUCUACUGUCCCGUGCUGGUUUAGAAGUGUUUGAUGAUACCACCAAUGGCACAUGUUCAUGUUCAUCUGUUAUUUUUUUACAAGGCUAAAACCCAUCAGCGCCCAAGCCAUAUUUUCCGCUGAAUGCACCGCGUGCGCUCAGCACAAGGAACCCUUUAUGUGAAGCGAAAGCAAAAAGGUCAAAGUGGCUCAGAGGAAUUGACCGGACUGAACUUUUCUUCAAAACUGAGACUGAGUCACAGAACACCUGCAUGUCCUGGAGGAACAGGACGACAAACAAGAAAAAACCUAAUCUACCUGUGGCUGUUUGAUGUUUUUUUUUUCUUUAUAUUUGUCUUUUUACGCUCUGCCAUUCACGUGUUGAGAAGGAAUUCUGUGGGGCUGACCACAAAAGCGACCCAAGAGAGAAUAUUCUGGAAACGUUGGAUACCUUGAGGCAGCGUCACUGAUAUAUGCUCCUUCCUCGGUCACGGUCUACUAAGCACUCUCAUCUUUCCACUGAGAAUAAAUUCUUGUUUUGACAUCCUGAA